AUCUCCUCCUCCAUGCUGCUGGUUUUCGUUUCGUCGGAGGAGUUCUUCCUUUGCGCUUUCGUCUUCGAUGCUCCUUCACAACCGAAGUUUAUAGCAAAAAUCUGCAUCUAACUGGAUUCGCAAUAGCAAACUUUUGAGUUAUUGGGGACACAAGUAUGGAGAGUACAGAAGGGUCCCAGUCACCUGAAAUCAAGCCGCAAAUUCCAAUAGCUGUAUCAGAGCCACCAAAAGAGCAUAUUACCUUUGAGAAGGAUUGUGGAGAUACAUUUACCAAAGAAGAUGCAUCAAGAGCUAGUGAAGCUAUUAUGCUAGUAGCUGAAGUUCAUGAGCCAAAAGAUGCUUGUUCAGAUGUUAGUAUGGAAACAAGUUAUAAGUGCGACCAUUGUGAUGUUUUGUUACCAUCCGAAGAGGCUCAUGCUGAGCAUAUCAAAGCUCAUUUACUUGAAGCUGCUCAGGUGGCAGAGCUUAGUGAAGGUGGGCCACUGUUCCUAAGUGAAGUAGCUGAUGUAAAGAUCGCUGCCUCGGCACAUGGUUACGAGAUUAGCUACUUCAAGAUUAAUGAACUUGGUGAAGUUGAAAGAUUGGAAAAUGGUCCAGUGCCUACCAUUACAGAAACCGACGAACUUGCUAUGGAGGUCGAUGGUGAGUUAUCAAAAGCAGAUAUUGAAAAAUUGGAGCAGGCAGGCGCUGUGCAGAGUCAGAACGAGGAUAAGGAUGGUAAGGAUGGCAAGAGAAAGACUUUCCAAUGUGCAACUUGUGAUAAAUCCUUCAAGCGUUCAAGCCAUCUUAUUGCUCAUAACCGCGUUCAUACUGGGGAAAGGCCUUUCAAAUGUGAUAUAUGCGGAAAAUGUUUCAGUAGAGCAAGUAAUUUGAAGCCACACGUGCGAAGUCAUUCUGGUGAGCGGCCGUUCGAAUGUGACAUAUGUGGUAAAAAAUGCAGCCGUUCAAAUGAUUUGACAAGACACAAAAGAAUUCACAGCGGCGAGAGACCAUUUGCAUGUGAAGUCUGUGGAAAGUCUUUUGCGCACAAAGGUGACAUGGUGAGACACGAGCGUACUCACACUGGAGAGCGCCCGUAUACUUGUAAGAUAUGCGAUAAGGCUUUUGUCCGUACGAACGAUCUCGCGCGGCAUAUAAAGUUACACAAAGAUAUCAAAACAUGCGGUAUUUGUGAGAAGACGUUUGAUGACCCACAAGAAUUGACAGAACACAGAAAAGAGCAUGGAUGUGAUGACACAGAGGAGUUUUCUCCUCAAGAACCGAAGAUUGAAGAAGAGGAAGAGGAAGACCAGGAAGAGUUGAAAGAAGGAGAAGCGACAGAACCUAGAGAAAGACGAAUAACCAAACGACGGCAACCAGGAAUUCCAAGGAGUCAUUCUUGUGAGGAAUGUGGAAGAAGCUUCAAGCGUUCAAGUCAUCUAAUUGCUCAUCGCCGUAUUCAUUCUGGUGAGAAGCCUUUUGCGUGUGAUAUAUGUGGUAAGUGUUUCAGCAGAGCAAGUAAUCUCACACCGCAUAAACGCAGCCAUACUGGUGAGAAACCGUACGCUUGUGAUGUAUGUGGGAAGCGUUGUACGCGAUCAAAUGAUUUAGCAAGACAUAAGAGAAUUCAUACUGGUGAGAAACCACAUGAGUGUGAAACAUGUGGUCGAAAAUUUGCCCAUUCUGGAGAUCUUGUUAGACAUAUUCGCACUCACACAGGUGAGAAGCCAUACACAUGCGAAGUGUGUGAGAAAGUAUUUGCACGUACCAAUGACCUAGCUCGGCACAGACGUAUCCAUGCUGGGAAGGCAAUGAUAACCGUUACUGUUGAAGGAGAGAUACCAACACACCUAAUACUGCAAGCAGGAGCUGAUGCUGUCAUUGACCAUGCCCAUGUGCUGAAUCACGCACAGGUGUUGGAGCAGCUACAGGCAGUAAGCAAUGCACAAGUGAUUGGAUCAGCCCAAGUGAUGGUGAGUCAGGGUCAAAUCAUUGAUUCAAGUCAAAUAAUGGCACAUGCUCAGAUUAUUGAGCAUAGUCAGUUGAUUGAGCAGGAACAGGCAAUGGAACAAAGCGUGAUUGAUGAGAAUCAAGAAAUGGUAGACGGCCAGGCUAUAGCUGAAGGUCAAGUCAUGGGGGAAGGUCAGGUCAUAAGUGAAGGUCAGGUCAUAAGUGAAGGUCAGGUCAUAUCUGACGCUGGUCACAUUCAAGAGGGACAUAGUCUGGAUCAACAAGGGCUUGAGCAACAGCAAGUAGUUGUCCAGGUUGAAGCUGAUCAAUCAGAAAUCAUUAGCCAACAUCAAAGACUGCAAGGCGCCCAUAUAAUCACUCAAUCGCAAGAAAUGGAAAAAGGCAUCGAUUAUUCACAGACCCAUGCAACUGCACAGAUACUAACUGAAAUGCACCCUAUUAGUCAAAGUCAACUUGCAAAUACAGAACAGAUGGAUCAUCAUAGCAUGAAUCACAGAAUCACACAGGGACAAGUGAUCGAUCAGUCGCAGAUCAUUAACCAAUCGCAAAUCAUUAGUCAAGCGCAGGUCAUUGCCCAAUCACAAAUGCUUGAGCAACCUCAAGUGAUGUGCUCGUCUGAAGAUCCAGUUGAGGCAGCGGCCAUCGCACAAGCAUCAGCAAUCAUGCAGUCAGAUGCCAUCAAUGUUACCGUGUCACAGAUGCACGCUGUGAGCCACUCAUCAGAAAACACAAACGAGAGACCUGUUAUAAGCCAAGCGCUAAUGCAAAGCUUACAGGUAUAGACUCGCUAUUUCUGUCUUGAUGAACAAUCAUAUAUGUAAAUACUUGUAAGAGUUAUUUAGAAAGAAGAGCAUAUAACUGGGGAUGUUUUUCGAUACGCGCAGUUACCUUAUACUAGUUGCAAGUUAGCCUACCCCCGGCUGAGCAUUCGAGGAUGAACGAUGCAAUUGAAUUUACAGACGGUUUAAGAUACUCUUUCCAGGGGGCAGCGAGAAAUGUGUUUAUAGCUUUUCUUUGCUUGAAAGUAUACUAUUGUAAAAGCUAAUUGUAAAAAGCACUUUACCUCCCAUCCUAAGUUUGGGGUGUUUUAAUCAAAUGCGAUUUAGUUAGUCAUUUUUAGUUUUAAGCCGUUUACCCAAGCACAUUGACUAUCCAAAAAGCUGAUAUUCCAUUAAAGUUGCUGUUUCAAUUUCUGUUGAAUAGCCAUUUUAUUCUUCCGUAUGUCUCGCUCUUUUCGGUAGUUAUGCAUGUAUUUAAUUUCAUUCUCGGGGUGUGUAUUUACGUCAGUUUGUGAGACCCCAGGCCCAAUAUGACGUCAUAUCUAAGUUUGUGAGACCCUAGGCCCAAUAUGGUAAUGACAAUACUAUCAGGUCUACAUUUAUGUAGAGGUAAGCUUUUGGCACAUGGCAGUUCCCAACGCCAUUACAAGACAGGGGCGCUAAAUAGAAGAUUUCCAACUUGCUCUCGUGUCCGAUAAACUGUCCUUUUGUCAUGGACCUGAGUAUGGAAUAUAGAAAACAUGUCAAAAAUAGAGUACAUGGAAAUUUAAGAGUACUUGACAUCAUCCAUUUUCCUGACGGUGCGUCGCUGCCGCCGAUAUAAAACAAACCUAGUAAUUGUGCCACCCCUUCUCUUGCCCUGAGCAUCAACCAAUGCUUUUUCUUUCUCUAUAUUUAAAUUAUGAAUGCUCGUUAACGUUAUGAAUUCGAUAGCCUGUUUUGCUGUAGUUAAUGCUAUUUUUUCUUUCCAAGUGAAUUUCAUAUUCAUCUUUUCUUUGUCACAAGCGAAAGAGACUGUAUUGAGGAAGUUAAUCCGUUGAUUAUCUUUAAAUCCUUAAAGGUUUUUGCUCUUAUGUAACAUCUAGUAAGAUAUAAAGCUGA